CAUGAGUAGAAUUGCAGUGCUUGAUUUAAUUUUAACUAAAACCAGUAUUUCUUCUAACACUCAGGAUGCUAAGUAGUGUUUCUGUAGUCCAUAUAUGGUUUAUCUGAUAGAGUCAGUCUAUAAAAAAGGGCUUUCCAGGCAAAUUUCCAGACUUUUAAAUAAAUUAGAUUCAAUUUGAAACUUCAGUGCUUGUGCUUGUUUCUGUAAUAGAGUGAACUGAGAUAUCUAAUCCAAAUAGAACUCUAUCUUUUAACUUAAAUCAGGUUUAUUUAUUGUAGGCAGAUUGAUUUGCUGUUUUUACUAGACCUGUAAAAACAAAUUAUUUUGAUCUGUCUGCUUUUCUCUGUUUGCUUGUAUUAAUUGAUUUGCCAUUCAGAGCUGAGUAUUUUGUUAUGGAGAAAGAACUGCCUAUGAUACGAGCAGUGUUUUCUGUGUGAGCUCUGGGGACGUUGGGGUUAGUAGUAUUUUCACAUCUAUGGUAUCAGAAGAAGAAAUUACGUGGAACUCAAAACUACUUCUCUUCCUGUGUGUGGCUUGGAGACCAAGUCUAUUUUGCUGUUAUCAGUCAACUUUUGUUUUCUGUUGUGCUAAGUCUCUCCUUGAUGUUAGAAAGAUGACUAACUUCUCUUUGAUUAAUUGUUGCUGGUGACAAAACUAGAGACUGCAAAAACUGUUACAACACUGGAACUCUUUGAUUGCUUCUGUUUUGAGGAUGCUCUUGUGUACGUACUUUAGUCUAAUUUUGGUGGAGGGCAACUACUGAUUUUCUUUCAGGGAAGAUAAGUAAAUAGCGGGAGUGCUACUCAUCUCUUAAAGCAGUUUGCUUCCACACGUCUUCCUUUGAAAAGGUUGUGUUGACUUAAACAGCACCAAAGACUCUGAGCAUCAGUCAGUCAAUCCUUGGUCAUAUCCUUGAGGAGAAAGAUUAAAGCAGAUCCUGAAGUUCCAAAUCUAUAAGACCAAGUGAAGCUAACCAUUCUCCCAGAUCCUUUAUGCUGGCUAUCAGUGAAUUCUCCCUCCACCUGGUGGCAGUUGAAGCCAUACCUGGGAUCUCGCUGAAAGCUCUCAUCCCUUUUGGAACCACUCUGCAAAGAGCAAGCUCUUUGAUGUGAAAAAGCCAAGGCUGCUGUGACCUUGCUUGUUCAUAUUCCCUUGUUCAUAUUCCCUGGAUAGCAGAGACACUUAAAUGAUGCCUUGUGUGAAGACAGACGCAGUUAUUUUUUUCUUCAAGAGCGUGACGCAGCAAAACCUAUCACCAAUGAAGUAAGAAGCCAGGCAACACUUGAUAAACACUCAGAUCUCUGAAGAGCCCCAUUAUAUUCUCUAACGUAGUAGCCAUUGUUCUGGAUGUGGUAGACCAGUAAGUCAGCAGUUGUGAAAUUUGGGGAAAAUGGCCUGUGAGUUUAAUCUAAACUUCCUUAAGGAAUUGGAGCGAGAGGCUGUUCUGGAAGUCCUGUACCGUGACCAGAUGGUGAGAAAAACAGAGGAAGAAAGAGUAAGGAAACUGAAAAUGCAGCUGCACCAGCUUCGAUGGAAAGGGGCAAGAAAUGUAAGGCAGGAAUACCGAGAGAGGUCUUGUGCUCGCUGCCAGAAAUCCCUUGGAUUGCUGCUGAACAGAGGUGCGGUGUGCAAUGGGUGCAGUCAUCGAGUGUGCUCUGAGUGCCGCGUCUGCCUGAAUCCCUCCCUUUGGAAAUGCACCGUUUGUUAUGCUCAUGGAGAUGUGAAAGUAAAGGCUGGUGAAUGGUUCUUUGAGGAACGAGCAAAGAAAUAUCCAGAUGAAGGCAGGCAUGAAACAGCUGGUGCAAAGCUCUUGAAAUCUUAUCAGAAACUGAGUAAAAUUUCUGUUGUACCUCCAACUCCACCUCCUUACACUGAAUCCACAGCAGGAAGUAAUGCUAAGGAACUUGGACAGUCUAAAAGUUUUAAUAAAUCUGUGGAAAACUUGUUUUUGUCUCUCACAACACACAUAAAGAAGAUCUCCAAGUCCCAGAAUGAUAUGGCUGACAGAAGUCUGCUAACGACAGAUUAUGGACAUAACGUGGAAAGAAGGAAGCAGAGGAGGAGCCAGUCUGACACUGCCAUCAACAUUACAAGCAGGAAGAAAAGUACACCCAGUCUUCAAGAUCUCUUCUAUGGGGCUCAAAAUGAUAAUGAAAUUCUUACCAAAAGGAAUUGCAAGCAAGAGGAAGACAUAACAACCAGUCCCACAAGUGAUGCUGUUUUCUGUGAUGGCAGGAAACAUGGGAGUUUGUAUAGUCUUAACAGCACUUGCACUGAAUCCGGCAACUUUGGCAAAGCGAACGUCACAGGAGAAAUAGAGUUUGCCAUAAGAUACAUCUUCAAGGCUUGCAUCUUAGAAAUUUGCAUCAGAGGAUGCAAGAAUCUGGCUUAUGGAGAGGAGAGAAAGAAAAAAUGUAACCCGUAUGUCAAGGUUUAUUUACUUCCUGAUAAAUCUUCUCGGAGUAAGCGGAAGACAGCUGUCAAAAAGAACACAGUGGAUCCAGAAUUUGAUGAGACCUUGAAGUACAAGAUCGAGCGCUCCCAGCUGGGAAGCCGGCAGCUUCAGAUCUCUGUGUGGCAUGCAGGAGCACUCAAGUACAGGGUGUUUUUGGGAGAAGUGCUGAUUCCGUUGGCAGCGUGGAGUUUUGAAGACAGCUCAAUGGGGUCAUUCAACUGGUACCAGCUCCAGUCCAAGCAUGAAAAGCCUGAAGAUCAUCUUAUUCAAUACAGUGGAGAACUCCUGGUGUCUGCAAGAUUGUCGGUACCAGCCCAGUAUAAAAAUUUCCAGUUUGGAAGGUGGAUGAUGGAAGGAAAAAAAGACCAAGAAUUUUCCAACUGCCAGCUUCAGGUUAUGAUAUUUGGGGCCAGGAACUUGCCUGUGCUGAGAUCUGCUGGGACGCUGAACUCGUUCGUUAAAGGCUGUCUUCUCCUUUCAGACCAAGCAGAGUUAAAGCAAAAGUCCCCUGUGGUGAAGAAAGAAGACUGUCCUCAGUGGAAACACUUGUUUGUCUUUGAUGUUACCCCAGCUCAGCUACAGCAGUCAUGUCUACACUUGACUGUCUGGGACCAGUCAACUUUUGGCUCACGUGAUCAGUUCCUAGGGGGUGUCAAGCUGGGUGCAAAGCAAUUGCUUGGUUUUGCAGACCCCAUUUCUCCGUCAGUGCUUCAAUGGGAAGAAGUGUUGCGCAGGCCAAACACGUGGAUGGACUUUACACUGAUACUGCAUUCAAAUAUGGAAAACUUUAAAUCAUGAAGUUAAUGGCCUGCCUUCCCUUCUCAGUGGGUGAUAUUCAGGGUUGGAGUGGUGCAUAUACAUUCUGAGCAUGGUGAAAGGGUACACAACAGUACCUACUUCUCUGUUUGGGGAAUUGAGUUGUAAGUUUGAACGGUUGUGAUACUGAAGGUUUUAUUUCUCAAAAAUCUAAAGCUUUGUUAUCUUAUACUUUACCUAGAGAUAAAGGUUAAUAUUGUUUCUCAAGAGUAACAAACUGAAAGGCAUUAUGCUGACAAGGCACUAGUAGACAGAUGGUAUGCAGCUUUCUCUUUCUGGACACAGAGCUACAGUUGUUCAAACACAGAUAAGGAAUAUUGCAUAGAGAUAAAUGAUCAUUUUCUUAUUAAAAAAAAGUUAUUUCA